AUGGUGAUGAAUAAUAAUGAUGAUAAUAAAAAUGAAAUAAUAAUUGAUAUACCUGAAGGUGCAGCAAUGAUUGGUUUUUUAGCUGCAAUUAUAAUCUGUUUAAUCGGUAUUAUUGGUAAUCUAAUUACAAUAACAGCAUUAACAAAUAAACAAUCAAAUCGUUGUUUAAAUAAUCAUUCAAUGACAACAAUGUUUGUUAUUAAUUUAGCAAUUACUGAUUUAAUAUUUUCAUUAUUAAUAAUGCCAUUACAAUCUGGUCGUUAUUUAACAAGAUCAUGGCCAUUUGGUAAAUUAUUAUGUCAAUUAUAUCCAUUAUUUUAUUAUGGUACUGUUGCUACAUCUUUAAUGUUAAUAACGGCUAUUACAAUCAACCGAUUUGUAUUGAUUGCAUUUAAUAAUCAUUAUUGUAGAAUUUAUAAUCGACGAAAUGUAAUCAUAAUGAUUAUAUUUUGUUGGUUAUUUUCUUAUACAUUGGUAUCGAUACCGGUUUUUGGUUUAUAUGGUCGUACUGGUUAUCAAUCAAAUACAUUUUCCUGUACAAUAUUACGUGAUAAACAAAAUCGUUCACCGAAAAAAUUCCUAUUCAUAUUAGGUUUCUUUUUACCAAUGAUCACUAUUGUUUAUUGUUAUGGUAUGAUAUUAUUUCAUAUACGUAGACAACGUCGUCAACAUAAUCAUCAUCUAUUAUUUAAUAAUCAAACUAAUCGUACAACAACAACAACAAAAACAAUGAUGAUAACCAAUCAAACAUCAAAUCGUGAUAUACGGCUUACAUUAUUAAUAUGUAUUGUAUUUGGAGCAUUUCUUGCCUGUUUUUUACCAUUAUUUAUUGGAAAUGUAUUCAUACCAGAUGAUCGAUAUCCAUAUUUUCAUGUAAUUGCAUCAAUAUUUGCAUGGAUGAAUUCCUGUAUUAAUCCAUUUAUUUAUUUUGCUAUGAAUCAACGUUAUCGUCAAGCAUAUAAACGAUUAAUUUUUGGACAUUUUUUUACAAAUAAAAAAUCAUCAUCAUCAUCAUCAACAUCAUCAACUGCUUAUGUUAUUAAACAAACAAAAGAUUCGGACAAAGAUAUGAAUGUCAUUGAUAAACAACAACAACAACAAUCAAUAACUUAUGCGACAACAAUUAGUUCAAUGGAUAAUGAAUGAUAAUUUUGAAUUUUUCCCAUUGAUUCACGAGCAAUUAAUCGCCAUCUUUUGGACAAUAUUCAAAUUAACAAAUUCAAAAAGAAAAUUUUUAAUAAAUUAAUUUAAAUAUUGAAAAAAUCAAUCAAUUGAUUAAAUCAAAUUUCAAAAAAAAAAUGAUGAUCCUAUUCUUAUAUCAAACUUAUAAUGUUGAUGUGUGCGUGU